AUGCGUAUGCCGACCCUGCCCUCUCCCAUCGAUCACAUCAAAGAAUUGAACAAUGCUCGUCCUACCCGCCCUUUCUUCUUCCUCAAGCCCCCUUCAUCCCUCCUAUCUCCAAACGUUGGCCCGGUCCUGCGGCCAAAUGGCACAAAUCUACACUAUGAGGUUGAAUUAGCGCUUGUGAUAGGGAGAGAACUUAGCAAUUUCUCUGCUGCAGAUGCAUCGUCUGCGAUUGAUGCUAUAGAAGGUUAUGCACUUGCUAUUGAUAUGACAGCCCGCAACAUUCAGGAUGAAUGCAAAAAGAAAGGUCUGCCGUGGACCAUUGCGAAGGGGUUUGAUACGUUCUGUCCGAUCUCCACUUUCAUUCCUAAGGAGAGGAUCAAGGAUCCGCAUGACGUCGAGCUGUUUUUGAAUAUCAACGGGAAGGUUAGGCAGCGGGACAGCUCAAGUCUUAUGCUCUUUAGGAUUCCUCGGCUUUUGAGUGAGAUAUCUGGCGUCAUGAAGCUUGAGAAAGGCGACUUGGUGCUAACGGGCACGCCAAAGGGGGUUGGAGAAGUAUUUGUUGGUGAUGUCAUCAGUGCCGGGGUUGAGGUGGACGGUUCUGAAAUCAACGAGGGCAGGAUAGAGGUAAAAGUGGAAGAGAGAUCUGAAGGCUAUAUACACGGAGGGUAA